AUGACAGAUAAAGCUUCGAAUAGCGAAUGGUUGGAUGCGGAACUGUUUUCUCCUUUCCAAAGUAAGUGUUUUAUCAGUUGUUACCUAGGAUAACAUGCUCUAAAAUUGUUUUUUCCAAUGAAACGGUUAUUUUCUUCAGAAGAACAAGCUCUCCUGUACGAACACGCAGAAUGGGUAGCUGCUCGAGCAUUUCUAAAAAUGGUGAAUCUUCCUUUUGGCCUGGAGCAACGGCCGAAUGCUGAAUUCAUGUCGCCGGACGGUUCUGUUCCUUUUCUGAAACUUCAGAAGACCUUGGUGUUUGGCUACCUUAAUAUAGUAGAGUUCGUUUCGCAGAAGGUGCGUUAUAUUUGUUUUAUUUUUAUUCGUUUUUAGGGGAUAAAAUUGACGAAUACUUUGUCCGAGGCCGAUAUUGCCGAUAUGAAUGCCUUGAUGGCGCUGAUUCGCGAAAAUCUCCUAAAUGCCGAGGUAUGUGAGGGUUUCGAAAGUUGGAUUACAUUGUUGAAUUUCUUUCAACAUUGAUUUUUCUCAUUUUAGAAGUACUUCUGCUGGAGUGAGUCUUCAAAUUAUCAUUCAGUAACAAAAAGAAGGUAUGGAAGUGUUUAUCCCGUCCCUCUGAAAUGGUGGCUCCCUUAUCUGAAGCGCAAAGAUAUUGUCAGUCAACUCAACGACUCAGGCUUCGCAAACAAGACGAUCGAUGAUGUUGUAAAAAAGGCCGAGACCGUGUUCCACGCUUUGAGUGUAAAAUUAGGAAACCAGAGGUAUUUUAUGGGCGAUGAGCCCACCGAACUCGAUGCUCUGGCCUUUGGACACAUCUUCAGCAUUCUCACAAUCGAACUGCCGUCAAAUCAUUUGGCUACAGCCCUUAGGAAACACGCAAAUUUAAUGAAUUUCUGCAUCGCAAUAGACGAGGAGCUCUUCAAAUUAGAUUAA